UCACUGUUGUGAGAGGCAAUUAGAAGUUUUAUAAACUCUUCUCAUCAUCAUUAAACGGCUACUUGACAUUAAUAUGAAGAACACUUUUACUAUAAAUGUGUUGUUUGUUUUAUUUUAUCAUCUAUUUCAUUUGUGGGGUGUGUUUGGUGUUGAUCCAGAUGGAGUGAAGUCAGUGUCAGUGAUGGAGGGAGAUUCUGUCACUUUACACAGUGAUGUUACUGACAUACAGAGCUAUUAUAUGACAUUGUGGAGGUUUGGAGACGAUGGCUUUACCAUAGCUCGAAUCAACAAAGAUAAGAUCAUAUAUAGUGAUAUUCCAUCAUUCAGACACAGAAUGGUGUUGGAUGAUCAGACUGGAUCUCUCACCAUCACAAACAGCAGAAUCAAACACUCUGGACUUUAUAAGAUGGAGAUCAGCAACAGCACCGGGACGUCAGUGAAGAAAUUCCAUCUUAGAGUCUAUGAUUCGCCACUUUUGAUCGAAGCUGAAAAAGGUGAAUUAAAGACGGUGUCGGUAACAGAAGGAGAUUCUGCCUAUCUGAUGAUGGAAGAGGUUGACACACAGAGAUAUGAUCUGAUAGUGUGGAGGUUUGGAGAUGACGGCAUUCUUAUACUGAAGGGUGACAGAGAAGACAAUAAGACCACAUUUACUCAUGAUGAGAUAUAUGAAGACAGACUGGAGCUGAACUAUCAGACCGGAUCUCUCACCAUCACAGACGCCAGAAUCACAGACACUGGACUUUAUAAAGUAAAGAUCAGUGGUGACAGAAGAGCCGAAUACUUGAGAUUCAUUCUGACUGUCAGUGCAUCAGGUAUAUCUUCAGGUGGUGUAGCAGGUAUAGUUAUUGUUGUUCUGCUGGCCAUGUCUGGAGCUGUCGGUGUAUUUGUGGUUUUCAUUCGCCGCAGAACCUCUGAAAUAAAAAAACAAAAUGAUGUAUUUGUUGAUAAGUCAGUGUCAAUGCAGACGGGAGAUUCUGUCAUUCUACAAACUGGUGUUAAAGAAAUACAGAAAGAUGAUGAGAUAACGUGGAUGUUUGAAGACACAUCGAUAGCUAAAAUGAAGGGAGAUCAAACUAUUGAAAAUAUUGAUGAAAGAUUCAGAGGCAAACUGAAGCUGAACCGUCAGACUGGAUCUCUCAUCAUCAAAGACACCAAAACUGAACACACUGGACUAUACAAAGUAAAGAUGACACUUCAAGAUCUGACAUCAGCCCAGAUAUUCAGUGUUUCUGAGAGUGAUAAACUGUCUAUAAAUGAAGGAGAUCCUUUCACUUUAAGCUCUGGUCAGACUGAACUAGGAGACAAUGUCAUGACAUGGAGGUUUAAAGACAAACAUAUAGCUACAGUCAGUGAACAUCAGACAUCUGUUAGUGAUGAAGAGAAAUUCAAAGACAGAGUUCAUGUGGAUCCUCAAACUGGAUCUCUGACCGUCACAAACAGCAAAACUAAAGACUCUGGACUUUAUCAACUACAGAUCAACGACAGCAACGGCACAACGAAACCAGAAAGAAAAUUCACUGUUACUGUCCUUGAGGAAAUAAGGAAGGUGUCAGUGAUGAAGGGAGAUUCUGUCGCUCUCAACCCUGACUGUAUUUUCAUACAGAGGCCUGAUACGAUCAUGUGGAAGUUUGGAAACAGGUUGAUAGCUAAGCUUACUGAAAAUACACCUGAUGCUCCUUCUUCUGUUGAUGAGAGUUUCACAGACAGACUGGAGCUGGACCAUCAGACUGGAUCUCUCACCAUCAAAAACAUCACAAAAACAGACUCUGGACUUUACACACUGAAGAUCGGCUCUCAGGAUUCAGAAUGGAAAUUCAGAGUCACUGUCAAGGGCCGGUCUAUUUGGAAAAAGCUUCCACAGCCGAAAGAAGAUGAGUCAGAGCUUCCAAUGAUUCCGGUCUCAUUCAGCAGAAUUGAUGAUCAGACAGACUGCCCUCCUGUGACAAAUAUUCCAGAGCUGAAAGAAGGCCGGACUCUUUCGAGAAAAAAUACAAAGCAGAAAGAAGAGAAAUUUAGGAACGUGUCAGUGAUGGAGGGAGAUUCAUUCACUCUUAACACUGAAGAUGCUUUCACACAGAAGCCUGAUAUGAUCAAGUGGAUGUUUGGACUCAAGCGUAUAGCUGAACUCAUUGGAAUUAAACCUGCUGUUAGUAAUGUUAAUGAGAUAUAUGGAGACAGACUGAAGCUGGACCAUCAGACCGGAUCUCUCACCAUCACAAACACCAGAACCACAGACUCUGGACUUUACACACUGAAGAUCACUCCUGAAAUUAAGUUCAAUGUAACUGUCAGUGGUGGGCUUGGGGAAAAACCUCCAGAGCAAGAAACGGAGAAUAUUAAGCUGGAGUCUGUGAAUGAAGGAGAAUCUUUAACUCUCAGCACUGGUGAUGCUUUAAAGGAGAGUCCUGAUAUGAUCACGUGGAUGUUUGAAAACAUUUGUAUUGCUGAAUUCACUGGUAUACAAUAUUCUGCUGCUGAUGUUGAUAAAGAUGAAAGAUUCAACGGCAGACUUGAGCUCGACUAUAAUAAUGCAUCUCUCACCAUCACAAACAUCACAAGCAAAGACUCUGGACGUUAUAGACUGAGAACCAGAACAGGGGAUUCAGAAAGAACAUUCAAUGUCACUGUCAGUGUGCAUUCUACAAAAAAAUGAAGAGAAUGAUUCAGAGGCAGCAGACACACCUUGAAGACUGAAUCACAUCCUUUGUAACCUGUUCAUGUUGUGGAUAAUCAGGAGAAGAUGAGUCUACAUGAACCUUAUUAUGUAUAUAUACUCACCAUUGAUCUUUUUUUGUUGAAUGAGAAGAAUAUUGAAAACAUCCAAUGUAAGAAAUCAACAAUUUGUGUUUUAAAUUAAUUUUAUACUGAAUGUGAUGUGAAGUGACUCUGAGAUUCUGUGUUCAUAAGUACAGUUUAGUCUCACACAAACAAACUUCGAUUACACAGUUUAGUCCACAAUACAGAUUCAUCCAAGACCCGCCCAUUCACUGACAUGUAAACAUCCAGCGUUUGCUUAUUUACACAACAUUUACAUUCAUGUGACAGACUGCCCAGAGGUAAUGAGAACCAACUCUUAAAACGAAGCAGAAUAAUUUAGAUGCCAUGAACCAGACUGUUCAGAGGGACCACUAGCCCCCUUCAUAAAUGAAUAUUUUUUUUUUAUAAUUUAGAUGAUAUUGACACAUUAAUAAUUGGUACCGGAUUUUCACUCAAUACAUCUGUGCACCUUCUGUUAGGCUGUGAUUUGCUUUUCUGUCUACUUAUUCUUUUCUGCCCUCUAGUGGACAAACAAUAUUCCAGGUUUUUAUUCCUAGUAUAACCUACAGCUGUGUGUAGGUUUGCAUCAAAAUUCAGAUUAACUUGUGUACCCAAAUAUUGUGUUCUUGUGAAAAUAGCAUGUGUCUGUAUCUUUAUAUGUUUUGAUGUGAUUUUGUUAAUAAAAUGAUAAGGUUAAAUUUCUUAUAGAGAACAAACAGAAUCAGAUUAUUAUUGGGUUUGUA